AUGUUAGAAAACGAAAAUAACCAAAAACGGGAGGAAUUCUUUGCCAAGCAUUUAUUACGUGAAACGCGCCAAAAAAUUAGUCGUUUUAUCCCGCUAAUUGGUUCAAGGGCCCCGAAUGUUGCCCUACCGCUCCUUUUUAUCCCUGCCCUGAUCAGUUUGGUUCGUAUUGGUUCGGGUUUUCUGGCUAUCUUCGGAUGCCUCCUGUUUAUGACAGGUCGUUGGGCACUCUCCCAUCAAACAGUCCCAACAUUGUCCCCCCAAGUGUGCCACAGUUGAUCGUAUUAACCUUAUCUGAUAUCAACGGUGGCCUCACUUCCUUCUGACCUGUCAAUUAAGCGCGUGUGGUUGUUUUGGUACGUAUCGUGCUUCUUCUUUCGUGCUAACGCGUGCUAUCUAUUUUAUCACAGUCGUAUAUUUUAACGUACCGUACUUUUUCUACUCAUGUGCGGCUUCUGCAUCUAAAGAAAUAAGCUGUACACCAGUAAUAACAAGUACCGCAUCUUUUUUCUACAUUGGGUUAACCUGCUCUGCUAUUGUACAGCCGUCUGUAUCGUUUGUCAAAGUAUGCGUGCGACGUUAAAGCACUAAAACUAACUAAAUCUGUCUAGUUUCAGCAAAAUGUAAACAAUUGAUACAUAAAUACCACGGUCGCUGUCGCUGCUGAAUUCUAAAGUUAUCGCCCCUAGCUUAAUAAUCCUAACAACAAUCAACAUCACACUAUUAACGUGAACAAACAAACGGGUAAUGCGUACGAUGAAGUGAGUGAUCAAAUAAUCCAAAAAACAUUAUUUUUCGAAACUGCAUCAACACAACGAUUUUUGAAUCCAGUUUGAACUCUCAACUGGGCACCAAAAACAUAUUGCGUUUAUUUUGGAUUAUUGUUGACAGCUGAACAGCCCGGCAGAAUACAAUGUAAACAAACAAUUCUCUCCAUGGAACUUCUCGAUAGAAAAGUUUUUCAAACAUUUAGCCAGAAUAUUGCUAUCAAAUAUUACACGUGCAAAGAAACUGCCUUUGAGGCAACCUACGAUCAACUAUGGCAAAAUAUGCUGAAGAUAGCAGGAGUAUUGAAGGAACAGAAUUUGGAAGGAAAAAUUGUUGGCGUUCAAUUGUUUCAUUGCCCAGCGCUAAUUGCUGUUAUAGGAGGCAUCAUCAUCUCGGGCAACACAUUUUACUGCAUUGACAAAUCCUGGGAUGAACAGCUAUCGCCUGACCAUGAUAUUUGUGCCGCAUACUUCUUGCAGGAUUUUGAAUUUAGUAGCACGAGUGGUUUGCAUGGUUUGCAAAUGCUGGUCGGGAUGCGCAUCUUUACGAUGCCGCUUACGUUUUCCCUUAGCGUAACUAGCACGGAAAGCUAUCGUGAUGUAGCAUUUUGUAUAAGAACGUCCGGUUCGACAGGGCCUCCCAAAACAGUCCUCGUACCAAGUACCUGCAUAAUGCCAAACGUGCUAUCACUUAGCAAUCGAUUUGGAUUGAGUGAUCGUGACGUAAUUUUUGUAUGCUCGCCUCCUACAUUUGAUCCAUUUGUUCUCGAUAUUGUCAUGGGAUUGCGAGUUGGCGCUACCCUCCUAAUGGUGGAUAAUUCUAUACGCUUAUCUCCAAAACGGUUAUUGGAUGUACUGUUUCCUGGAAUAACGUUUAUGCAAAUGACGCCUUCUAUGUUCACACGUUGGAGUAAAACUGACAUGCUGGACAUCAUUUUUGGCCCUCAAACAACGCUCAGAACGCUUGUACUAGGUGGUGAACGAUUCCCGGUAUUGCCUCGUGCAGCUGAUUGUCGUGUAAGUGUGUAUAAUAUUUAUGGGAUAACGGAGGUUUCCUGUUGGAGCAUGAUUCAAAAAGUUCAAAGCCAAGAUAAUCAGACUGACAUACCUCUAGGAGAAGUACUUGAUCAAUCAAUCGUUCUACAGAUUAGGAAUGAAAUCGACGGUAGUGUGCAAGCGGAUCAUCUGGCAAAUGGAUCUAAAAUAGGUCAAUUGUAUAUUGGAAGCUGCUCCCGGAAAUGUGUGAUACUAGGUAUGUCUGAGGAUGAUGAUACAUUGUCAACUAUGCCUGAUGUUGUGUUCCGGGCGACAGGAGAUUUGGUAGAACUUAGCAAAGAAGGCAAUUAUUAUUAUCGUGGACGAUGUAGCAGAACAAUUAAACGUUUUGGAUGUCGAAUAAGCUUGCCGGAAUUGGAAGCCGUGUUACAAACUCAUCCAUCAGUUGAACAGUGCGCAUCAUGCUUUAUUGAGGAGCUUAAUCGGCUUGUAAUAUACUUCAAGUCAGACACCGAUGAUUCCUCUUUACGCGAAGCACUAUGGAGCAUAAUGCGCGCCAAAUUAAGAGCAGAAAUGCUUCCAGACGAAUUACAUCGCAUUGAACAAUUUCCCCUUUCUGCCCAUGGUAAAAUUUGUCCAAAAGGAUUAGGAGUCAUUUUUGAGAAUUUAAAACAAUCUCGCACCAAGGAAUGUAUCACUCCGGUGGAUUAUUUUUGUGCAGAGCUAAAUGCGAUGGGGAUCGUACACGAAAGCCAACCUAUAGAAAGUGGUCGAACGAAAAAACUGAAACCAAACUCAUCAUUUAUGGACCGUGGAGGAACAUCUUUCAAUGCCAUUUGUUUGCAUGCUACAUUGGAAGAGCAUUUUAAGAUACAACUACCAGGAUUGACGGCAUUGCUGUUGGAUCCGUUGAUUCCAUUGGAAAAAGCAAUCGAUUAUAUACAAUCCAAAAUUGCAACAUCAAAUAGUAAUUGCUUGCAAGACGAUGUUACCAUCCAAAACCAGGCGGAAAAACUUCUAUCAAUCGAGCGUCAAUACGAUUUGAAAAAAUGUAUCGAUUCUCGUGCUUCAAUAAUAUAUUGCCAGGGUAUUGGGGCAAUAUUGAGCGUCGGCAGUCAUGCGGGAUUGCUUGUAACGAUCAAUAUCGAGACGAAUGCGAUCAUUUCGCACCAUUUGUUCCCCGACCGUAUUGAGUGCUCGGUCAACUUUUUCACUUUCGAGGCCAAUGUGUACGGUAUUGUUGGAUGCUAUGAUGGGUUUUUGUACUGCUUCAAUCCGUGGAAAGGCGCGAUAGCUUGGAAGUACGACGCUGGAGGAAUGAUUAAAUGUGCGCCACUUGUAGUACCGCAAACAAACGUAAUCAUCUUUGGGAGCUAUAGCACCACAAACAAUUUGCAUUGUAUUGCUGGGGGAAAUUGUAGUGCUACGCUCCGAUGGAAGAUACGAAUAGGAACCAAACCAAUUUUGUGCCAACCGAUAGUUUUGGGUGACGAUGGUGCAGAAUUUGUCUUGGUUGCUACUCUGGACGGUACCAUUGCAUCAAUCAGCAUAGCAACAGGGUGUUUGGCGUGGAAAAGAACAACGCAGCGCAGUGUUCCAAUUUUUAGCACUCCUACCUUACUGCCAGAAUACAACAAGAUCGCUUGUUGUAGCGUUGAUGGUACACUAGGAAUAUACGAAACAAAACAAGGAACCGAGUUAACGAUCCAUUCCCUUCCUGGCAAUGUGUUUUCAUCGCUCGUCAUGUUAAAAUAUCCCCUCGAUCGAGUAGAUUUUAUCGUUGGCUGUUACGAUCGGCAUGUCCACUGUGUAGAAUAUUUACCUGCAAACAGCAACACACUCAUUCCAAAAUGGAAAAUUGAAGUUCAAUCACAAAUCUACGCAACUCCAUUGUUAGUAGAAGGCUAUCUCGUGGUGUGCACAACGUCGGGAUGGAUUAAUUUAAUCGAUACUCGCGAUAGUAGUGAUGCGAAAAAUAGCAUUAUUUCCAGCAUGAAAUUGAACGGUGAGCUAUUUGCAUCACCAGUAGGGUUUGGUAAAAAGGUGUUUAUCGGGUGUAGAGAUAACUUUUUGUAUGAAAUACUGUUGAAUAUUUAGUACAAGGAAUUAACAAACCAG